GGAAAUGCUGGUCCCAUCCUUUAACCUAUAACAUACCCUUAUAAUAGUAAUAGAUACUUCAUGCCAUUGCCAUAGUAAGUGAUAUUCAUCGUAAAGCUUUACAACAAGAAUCAAAACAAAAUGGUAACUAUUACAGCUUCUUAUACUGUGAUUCCACAAGAAUCAACUCCUCAAGGUUGUUUAUGGCUCUCUGAUAUAGAUCAAGUUUCACGUUUCCGCCAUACAACAACUAUUUACAUUUACAAACCAACACAGAACCCAGAAAAUGCCAUAGAAACCUUGAAAAACUCUCUCUCCAAAAUUCUUGUUCACUACUAUCCUAUGGCUGGUAGAUUAUAUUAUACGGAAGGUGCUAGGUUAGAAUUGAAUCUCAAUGCAAAAGGUGCUAUUUUGCUUGAAGCUAAAACCACUAAAACAAUUCAUGAUUAUGGUGACUUUUCACCUUCCGACUCCACCAAAGAGCUUGUUCCAUUAAUUGAUUAUAAUCAACCCAUUGAAGAUAUUCCAUUAUUUGUUGUUCAAUUCACAAGGUUCCAAAACAAUGAUGAAGGCUUUGCAAUUGGUGUUGCUUUUUUCCAUCUUUUAUCAGAUGGAGUUGGAGCUAUUAGAUUCAUCAACUCAUGGGCCAAAAUAGCUAGAGGAGAAACACUUGGGGCUAAUGAGUUACCCUUUCUUGAUAGAACAUUACUCAAAUUUUCACACACACCGGUAGAGCCACAUUUUGAACACAUGGAAUUGAAGCCCCUUCCACUCAUUCUAGGAAGAACAGACACAAGUGAAGAAAGAAAGAAGAAAACUUCAGCAACAUUGUUGAGACUCUCACCGGAACAAGUUGAAGGGAUAAAGAAAAAAGCUAAUGAGUAUAAUAUGAAGAAAAAAGGCUCAAGGGGUUUCAGUAGAUUUGAAGCAAUUGGUGCGCAUAUAUGGAGAUGUGCAUCUAAGGCACGUGAGCUUGGAGAGAAUCAACAAAGUGUUGUUAGAUUCGGUGCUGAUAUUAGAAGCAGAAUGAUUCCACCUCUUCCUAAAAACUAUUUUGGGAAUGCUUUGACACAAACAGCAGCAAAAGGGUAUGUUGGAGAAAUCACAUCAAAACCAUUGGGUGAUGUUUCACAAAUGAUAAGAGAAGCAAUUGAGUUUGCAAGUGAUGAAUUUAUAAGGUCACAGAUUGAUAUUAUUAGGGGGUUUGAACAUUUGGAUGAUGCAAGAGCUUUGUUUUUAGGUGGCGAAGGUGAUAAAUUUCCAUAUGUUGGGAAUCCUAAUUUUCAUUUAACUAGUUGGAUGAGUAUGCCUGUUUAUGAAGCUGAUUUUGGAUGGGGGAAGCCUGCUUAUUUUGGAAUGGCAAGUGUGUUUCCACAUGAUAGGGCAGUCAUCCUUCGUAGUCCUGAUGAAGAUGGAUCUGUUCUUGUGUGUUUGCAUUUUCAGAUUGCACAUUUGGAGCUUUUCAAAAAGUUCUUCUAUGAGGAUAUUUGAAAUUUGUUUUUAGUUUUUCUUUGCAUUGUGAUUCUAUUUUUCAAUAUUAUGUUUGGAACUAGUGAUAUAAAUAAAGGUGAAUUAUUUAGAGUGUGUUUCGAUGAAACAUUUUAAUAAGGUAAUGUAAUGUUUUCAGGAAAUUUAAA